AUUCAUAUUGAACAUGUUGAACAAAAAAUGAUUCGAUUAGUCUAUCAGAGGUAUGCGUGCUUAGGUCAAACCAGGGUUUGGAUGUAACUUUGUGCAAUAUCCUAACUACCAUUUGAAACUUGUUUGUUUGGAUGAGUAUAUCAGAUACUCAUUUGGACAUUUAGAAAACAUCAGUCCUCAAGAGUGUAUCGUGGCUAAAAAAGGUUCUUUGAACCUUUGAAGGUUUUGGACUACACUUUAUUGUAUAACUUUCGAAAUAUGACAAGAAAUCGUGCUGUUCAAAGGCAGGACAGUGUUUUUAAAGAAAGCGAGCGACAUCUAUCGAACUACAGGCCUCCCCAUUGUAGAUCCAUCCCAAGGAACGAGGUCCAACAAAAGACAGUGGAACGCUGGAAGAACCACGAAGAUAAUAUUGACAUUGGGAAAAAAGCAGACGAUAUGUUUGCCCAUCAUCCCAGCAUGGAAGUCUUGAAGAAGCAACGAGAAGCAACUGCGGCCGUGAGAGACGUAUGGCAUCAACAGCAGCUGCAGCGCAAAGCCGCCUUGAGACAGGGGACAAUUCCCUCAUUUUCAUCAAGACCCAACACAACAGCGGAAAGAUCGAAAUCGUGCAAUUAUAGCCAACCCAGACAACAGAGAUUGUUAAAUAGACAACGACAUACAAAGUCGGCAGUUGACGUAAUCAAACGCCUGCCAGUUCAACCUAUUAAAUUUGACGCGCUUUCAAGAGUGAAUCCCCCAUUGCCAAAAGCGUUUGGAGACCCCAUUCCUACUUCGAAGGACUACAAAAGAAGGCCUGAAAUCUUAGAGGGUUGGAAAAAUGAAAUAAGAAAGGUAGUGCCAGAACGACUUCCGUUUGCAGUUGAAUCUAAAGUAGAGACCCCUAACAGAGACUGGGCAGAAGAUGAUGCGUACCCACUCUCCUCGGAAACAUAUUUCUACAAAGUUCAAGGGAAUGCUCCCGCAAGACAUUUCAUCAUUGAUCCAAAAUGGUUCUCUGAGCAACAUUCCUUUAAAAACUUUUCAAAACAAUACCAGACAUGUACUUUACGAUUCGGCUGGGGGUAACAGCUCUGGAAUGGUGUGAUUAGAAAGAUAAAUGUACAUGUUCAGGUACACUCUAAACAUGGACUCUAAAUCCGAGCUGUGCUUUUCAAUAUCAAAUAACAAAUACUGAAUAACAGGACAAAAAUGUAUCUAAAUAGUAGCUGAGACAACACAAGGCCCAAGUCUGUAUAUUUACUCUCAUUUCUACACUUUUAAGAGAUAAGUCACCACAUUUUGCAUGCACAUUCCUUAGAGAAAUCUUAACAUAGAAUUUCAUUGGUUUUGAUUAUAAUUUAUUUGUUAAAAAUAGGGAAACAUUUUAUUUUGAUUGGUCUAUAACCAAAAUUUGCCAUGUUGUAACA